GCCCCCAAGAUGAUCACGACCCUGGAGAGUCGCAUGGCCGGCCCCAUGAUGACCCAACAGCAGAUGAUCAUGCAGGGAUCGAACGCGCCCAUGACGAACGCGGGCUUGGCCAUUAUCCAGGUCAAAGUGAAGGGCGCGGAACUCUCGGCGACGAUGCGCAGCGACCCACGUGACCCGCAGGCGGAGCAGUUGCUGUGGCCCGACUUCCAGGACUUCGAGAACGUGAACCUGCGCCCUGGAACGUACGCCGUGGUGAAGUGCUGGGGCGAGGACUUCUUGCGCAUGGUCAACGCGGAACCCGCUGCUCUGGGGGAAGCUUGUGGGCACGCAGGCCUGGCGGCAAUGAUGCCUGUGGCAUUCGCUGGCGAGGUGGAAGUCGACGGCAACAUGCAUCUCGCGGCCUGGACGAACGUGUCUGGCACAUACCAGGUGCCCUCCAAGCUCGCGAAGCAGUCUGGUCUUCCACCGAACUUGUUCUGGAAAUUCGUGGACCGCGAGAACUUGCCAACUCUCCCCGACCAUGGUCGCCUGAAGUUCGUGCGCGGCGGGAACGCGCUGCAACCGCCCGAGGUAUCCGAUGACACUAUCGACCGAGCACUUUCGCAAAUGAUCGGCGACGGCCUGCAGGGCGAGAGCCGCGCCGACGAGGAGCCGCCCGAGAAGCGCCAGAAGACCAGUGCCGACUUCGUCAAGAGCUUGCUGUUCGCAUCGAGUUCGGGGUCGUCGGGCGGCGGGCCCUCUGCGCUGGGAAUGGCGCGGCCAGUCGAAGCGCCAGAGGCCCCCGCGGCGGUGGAGGCUGUCACGAAGGACCCCAUGACGACAGCAAUGGAGAUAAUGGAGAAGGUGGCGACCGACUUUGACGACCUGCCGAAAGACAAGAGGAUCCUCGUCGGCUUGGUGCGCUACUUGAGCGAGGCGCCCAUCUCCAACUACGCCCUCUCCAACCACCACCGCCUCACCAUGCUCCUCAUAGUCGAAGGUGAUCGUUGGCGGGCGCACUCGAAGGGGUGCUUCUACUACACGGGCGGGUGCCGGGAUCAGGUCGAAGCCUUCGACAUCAAGGGCUGGGACUUCAUCGCGGCGCUGGAGGGCGUGUUCGCGAAGAUCGGCGGCGCUGGCGUGGAGGACCAUGAUUGCCCUGAUUGGAAGUGGAGCGCCCUCCAGGGGGUCAUCGGCGAAAUGCCGCGCCAGGACGCCGUGACGCUCGCCACUCUCUGCAACGAAGCGAAGAAGCACUCGGACGCCCUCACAAAGGCCACCGGAAAUAAAGGGUGGAAGGGCAACUGGGCCCUCAGAGCGGUGGAUCUGAUGUGCGCGUUCAAGGCUGCCGUGGACAAAGGGGCCACGCGGACUCCCCUGACCAUGCUGCCCCUGAAGACUUGCGACACGCCGAAGCCAAGGUCCCAAGGCGUCACGUUCACCGACUGUUACUUGGAUUCGAGUUGGGAUACAGCCGUUCCAAAGCCGGAGAACAAUUGCUACAUGCGGGUUCCUUACCAGUUCUUCUGGUCGGACGACGACAUUGCGAAGGCGGGGAUCGACGUCGUCGAGUGGGGCCAGCGGUUGACAAUGUUCCUGCAGGGCCUCUACUGUAUGAACGAGCCGUCUUCCAGUUGGAGCUGGAACAUCGUCGGGGAAGCGAAUGCCCACUACUUGGACUGCGGCGUCUUCUACGAUCGGUCCGAAUGGCGCAAAUCUGGCGGAGCAGCGUGGAACAAGUCUAUCGUCCGCAUACAGGAGUGCGACGCUAACGCCCGCAUGGUCUCUGACAUUUGGAAGCGGUUCAUUGUCGCGGAGGAGCUGUCAUGCCGCGUGAACUACGGGUUCACCGUGCAGAGGACCUUCGGCGAGUGCAAAAAGGACCAAGAAUUGAACUACGAGAAUAUCCCAGUCCUAGAGAAGACAGGGGGAACGCGGAAGAAAUUGUGCGAGCAGCUGGAGCGGCGGAUCAGAUGUUCCCGCAUGGGGAAGGCCACGUUCGUACACAGCGACGACGACGUAUGCCACGAGGAGGGCCGCUUCAAGAAGAUCCCGCAGGACACGUUAGAUGAGUUCUUAUCGCGCCCGUGGGUCGUUGCGAGGUUUCUACACAAGUACUUGCGGCCAUUCGCCAGGAACUACACUCCCAACGAGUCGCUCGUGAUGCUGGACGAUAUCAAGUCGCUGAGCACGGAGAUGCACAGGGAUCUCGUGUGGUUGGCUUCCAGGCUCUCAGGUGGAGACGACCCGCCACCCGAGGACGGCCAGGUGGCAGACGUGGUCGAGCGAACCUUGAUUGCCGCUGCUCGCGCGAACACGCCCGCGAAACCUGUCGUGAAGGCGUGCCUCAUCGAGACAUUGGAUUGCAUCCCUGGGACGCGCAAGCCAGGGGAGAAGGGCUCAUCAAAGUGGCAGAACAUUACAUCUGCCAUCGGGAAGUCGAAUCUGCGCCUCUUCACGCAGGCCGACACCAACGUCUUGAGGAAGCUUAUGGUCAACUACGACAAGAUGAUGCGGACGUGGAAUACAUGCGGCGGCAGGGGCGUUCUUGGAGACUGGGAGGAAUGGGGCAACCCGUUCGAUCACAUUGACAAUGCAUCUACGCUGGUUGCAGAUGGUUCCGUCGAGUGGUACGCGAUGAUUCUGGAGCACCUGAGCACUCCCGUGACGGCCCUUGACGGCGUGUCCACCACGAAGGUCAGAUGCGUGGAGAUGCCUUCCUUGGGUGCGUUGCAAGAGUACGCCAACGGCAAGACGGACCGGCGCCAGCCUGUGCUCGACGCGUACAUCCAGCGCUGCGUCGCCCACUACAACAGCAACGAGCGGUUGGCACGGGUAGCCGCAUUCCCCGACUACAUCGAGAGCGACGCUCCGCGUUGCCACCCGCGCUUGUUCAAGAAGGCACUGCAGGCGCGCGGCUUGUGGAGUGAUGACAGGUUCCCCAUGAUCCACAAGUUCUGCGUCGACUACAAGAAGUGGCGGGAGGCCGUUGCUAUGUGCCUCGAGGUCUCCGCUGACGAGUCCAAGGUUGAGUUGAUCAAGCUGUUCUACGGUGCUCGGCCAGCCACGCAGUUGCCGUGGCUUUUGAAGCUCUCCAACGAGAUUGUGGACGGCACCCACCUCCUGCUCGGUUGCGCCGAGUUCGCGGAAUACAACGUCUUAUACGCCGACCACCCCAGCCCCGCAUUCAGCAGGAUCGCGGCCAUCCUGUCGCACAUGGAGAAUGAUGCGUUGAUGGUUCUGUUGGACAAGGUUCGGGGCGCGGGGAGCAUCAGCGAGGUUCUCAUAUUUGACGGCCUCCUCGCGAAAGUCGUGGAUUUCCGAGGCGAGGCGAUGCUCGCGGCAGCCGUGGCCGAGGCGAGCGCAGCCGCUGGCGUGGAGUUCCAGAUCAAGUCAUGGCAGCGCGGGGCCGAGCACGUGCGCUUCGCCAGGGCAGUGCUUCGCGGCUCACAGACGGUUGUCGUGCGGAGGGGGCGCGGCGAUCGCGAGGUAGCCAAUUGCGUCGUCUCGGUGGCUGACUGGGCACAGCUGGCCCCCAAAACCAUGCUCGACGAAGAGAGCGCGACCAUGGCGGUAAAGGAGUUCAACGAGUCCGAGUUUGACCAUUCCCAGCGGGACGCGGCCAAGAUCCCUCAGUUCACCUAG